CACACCAAAAACCCCAAAUUCGAGUAUUGAUUCUUCUCUACUAUAAAACCCUAAUCUGAUAAUUAGGGUUUCUCUAUUUAUCUCUUCUCUACUCCUUUCUCCAAGCACAAGCAGAGAAAGAUACCAUGGCGGAAUCUCUGGUGCUUAGAGGGGUGAUGAAGGGUCACUCAGACAUGGUGACCGCGAUCGCCACUCCCAUCGACAACUCGGACAUGAUCGUCUCUUCUUCUCGUGACAAAUCGGUCCUUGUCUGGCAUCUCACGAAGGAGGAAAGCGCAUACGGUGUCCCUCGUCGCCGUCUAACCGGCCAUUCUCACUUUGUCCAAGACGUCGUUCUCUCGUCUGACGGUCAGUUCGCUCUCUCUGGUUCCUGGGACGGCGAGCUUAGACUCUGGGAUCUCAACACUGGUGUCACUACUCGUCGUUUCGUUGGACACACCAAGGAUGUCCUCUCCGUUGCAUUCUCAAUCGACAAUCGUCAGAUCGUUUCGGCUUCCCGUGACCGAUCGAUCAAGCUGUGGAACACACUUGGCGAAUGCAAGUACACCAUUCAAGACGAGAAUAGCCACACCAAUUGGGUUAGCUGUGUGAGAUUCAGUCCUAACACAUUCCAGCCCACCAUCGUUUCUGGAUCUUGGGAUCGCACCGUCAAGGUCUGGAAUCUCACCAAUUGUAAGCUUCGCUGCACAUUGGCUGGUCAUGGUGGGUAUGUGAACACAGUUGCGGUUUCCCCUGAUGGGUCUCUGUGUGCCAGUGGUGGGAAGGAUGGUGUGACGCUGCUAUGGGACUUAGCUGAGGGAAAGAGGCUUUAUUCGCUCGAUGCUGGGGCUAUUAUUCAUUCUCUAUGCUUCAGUCCGAAUAGGUAUUGGCUUUGCGCGGCCACGCAGGAGAGUGUUAAGAUUUGGGAUCUGGAGAGCAAGAGCAUUGUUCAGGACUUGAAACCCGACGCACCCACUGGCAAGAAUCAGAUGUUGUAUUGUACCAGCUUGAGUUGGAGCGCAGAUGGAAGCACCUUGUUCACUGGUUACACCGAUGGUACAAUAAGGGUUUGGGGAAUCGGACGCUAUUAGGAGCUCUUAUCAGUGAUUAGGCUUUUGGAGAUAAUCCUUUUUUCUUUCCUGGUUCUAACGUAUCAGUCAUAAUUUUGGUUGAACAUUGAACAUGUAGGAAGAUUAUGAAUCUCUUUUCUUGGUUGAAUCUUGACUUUAUAAUGGUGAA